AUGGAUCGUCCAGCCAAGCGUCAACGGGUUGAAGACCCUCAGGCUCAUAUCCUCGAAUCGCUACAACGCCCUAUCAGUCCUCCUAAAAGGAGGCGACGUGAGGUGUCGACUAUCAAGUCUCCCUGGCAGCUGACCUGGAUACAAGACCUAUCAGAGGAGGACAACAGGGAUGCAGUGAGCCUGCGAGACCUGCUUGGUGACCCCCUCAUUGCAGAAUGUUGGGAGUUCAACUUCCUCCACGACAUCCACUUUUUAAUGGAUGCUUUCGACCCUGAUACACGACAUCUUGUUAAGGUGCACGUCGUACACGGCUUUUGGAAGCGCGAGGACGAGAGUCGAAUCGCCAUAGAGCAAGCAGCCGCAGAAUUCAACAAUGUCCAAAUUCACAUUGCUCCUAUGCCGGAAAUGUUUGGAACACAUCAUUCCAAGAUGAUGAUUCUAUUCAGACAUGACGACACUGCGCAAGUCAUCAUCCACACCGCCAAUAUGAUCUCCAAAGACUGGACCAACAUGACAAAUGGCAUCUGGAAAUCACCUCUUCUUCCUAAGAUGACGGUUGCGCCAACUCAUACUACUUCUUCUCCUGAAGAUCACCCCGUCGGUAGUGGGGAUCGCUUUAAAAUCGACCUGCUAAACUAUCUGCGGGCAUACGAUAGGCGCAAAAUCACAUGCAAGGCCCUGACUGACGAGCUCGUCCAUUACGACUUUUCCAGCAUCAAAGCUGCUCUUGUUGCAAGCGUGCCUGGUAGACACAACAUCCGCGAUCUGUCUGAGACUUCAUGGGGUUGGGCUGCUCUGAAGAGAUGUCUGCAGCAAGUUCCAUGCGAAGACCAAGAGCAAUCGGAGAUUGUUGUUCAGAUAUCCUCGAUCGCUACCCUGGGAGCAAAGGAAGACUGGCUGAAGAAAACUCUCUUUGAACCUUUGUCCCGUUGCAAGAACCCUAGCCUUGGAAAGCCCAAGUUCAAGGUCGUGUUUCCGACUGCUGACGAGAUUCGGAGAUCUUUGGAUGGGUAUGCAUCAGGAGGCUCCAUCCACACAAAGAUUCAGUCGGCACAGCAAGCAAAACAGCUGGAAUAUCUUCGCCCAAUUUUCCAUCACUGGGCAAAUGACUCUCCUAGUGGAGCCAAACUCCCCGAGGGCGCUACGGUAAAGGACGGCGGGCGAAAAAGAGCAGCGCCACACAUCAAGACGUAUAUCAGAUCAAACAAGUCAUCCAUCGACUGGGCCCUUUUGACGUCGGCCAAUCUUUCAAAGCAGGCCUGGGGCGAGGCUGCACGCCCUACAGGCGAAAUGCGCAUUGCAUCUUGGGAAAUUGGAGUUUUGGUCUGGCCAGAGCUGCUGGAGACAGAUUCGAUCAUGGUUGGAACAUUCAAAACCGAUCUACAUCUACACCUCAUCCCAAAAACUCACGGCUGCACGAGCUGUUCCAUGGAUCCAAUCGGUAGGGGCACCGGAGCCUCGCCGUAUGGCACCCCUCAUGGCCCUGGAGCGCAUCCAGCCUUAUCGUCAUCAUGGCGAGUUGGAUCGCCUCUGGCCGAGCAGUCACUGGCUCGAGACAUCGCUGAGUGUUCAGAUGAUGACUUUGAGGACAACGCCAUUGACGACGAUGCCUCGGUAUCUGACUUUGGCACGGGACCGCUCAUGUACCGUCGACCAAGCGGCGUCGCCUUUGGAGGCUCUCGGCCAGUUCUAAACCCGCAAUCAUUUGCCGACCCAGGCCUGACGGCUCUUGAACGGAAGCAGUCUCGCAACGCUGAGCUUAGUCUACUGCGAGACAACCACGUCCUUCCACCAAAGCACGCACAUAAAUCGCAGGGCUUCUUCCCCAGGCUCUACCGCCGCCUUUUUAGCACCAAGGUACCGCAGGGCGAGGAUGAAGAGACGCCCGCUGUCACUGUCCAGCCGCCUGAUGAAACGGCACCUCUUUUGGGGGCCCAGAAUGGCGGCACUGAGCAUCUCAGCGAGACAUGGGAGCAUGCCGUGGCCGAGCACCGGAUCAAGACGACUUGGCAGCGAGAGGCCAAGACGAUUGUGUCAUACUCGGGGCCGCUCAUUGUCACAUUUCUCCUGCAGUACUCUAUCAACGUCACCAGCAUCUUUGCCGUUGGCCGCAUUGGCAAGAUGGAACUGGGUGCUGUCUCGUUGGCCAACAUGUCUGCAGCCAUCAGCUGCUUGGCCCCGUUCCAGGGCCUCGCAACUAGUCUCGAUACGCUAUGUGCUCAAGCGUACGGCUCGGGCCAUAAGCAUCUUGUAGGUCUUCAGUUUCAGCGUAUGACGUGCUUCUUGUUCUGUCUGUCUGUCCCUGUCGCUGUGCUAUGGUACUUUUCCGAGGGCAUCAUCGCGUCAAUAGUUCCUGAGCCUGAGUCAGCUCGCCUAGCAGGACAAUACCUCAGGGUCAUGAUUUUCAGCAUCCCUGGCUUCAUCCUGUUUGAGGGCGGUAAGCGUUUUACCCAAGCUCAAGGCCUCUUCCGGGCGACGACGUACAUCCUUCUCAUCGUAGCGCCGUUCAACGUGUUCCUGAGCUGGCUGUUGGUGUGGAAGUUGGAAUGGGGCUUUGUCGGCGCUCCCACGGCCGUGGCUAUCAGCAACAACCUGCUCCCCAUCUUCCUGUUCCUGUACGUCCGUUUCAUUGACGGCCGCCAGUGCUGGGGUGGCUUCAGCCGAAGGGCUCUGAGCAACUGGUGGGUCAUGAUUCGACUUGCUCUACCGGGCAUGAUCAUGGUUGAGGCGGAAUGGCUGGCUUUUGAGAUCCUCACGUUGUGCUCAAGUCGGUUUGGUCCCGAGUAUCUUGCCGCACAGAGCGUUCUGGCGACCAUUACAACUCUCUCGUACGAGAUUCCAUUCCCUAUGUCGAUCGCUGCUUCGACCCGAAUCGCCAACUUGAUCGGAGCCGGGCUUGUCGAUCCUGCCAAGAUGACUGCUAAAGUGGCCUUUGCUGCUGCCUGCAUUAUCGGAAUGUUCAACUUGACCCUAUACACCAGCCUCCGAUACAAGCUGCCCCUUCUGUUUACCAAGGACGAGGACGUGGUGGAGCUCGUAGGAGCUGUGAUCCCGAUUGUGUCUGUGAUGCAGGUGUUUGAUGGUCUCGCAGCUGGAGCCCACGGACUGCUCCGAGGAAUCGGCAAGCAGUCGAUUGGAGGACCAGCUAAUCUGAUUGCGUACUAUGUUCUCUCGUUGCCCAUCUCGCUGACGCUGGCUUUUGGUCUGGGCUGGAAGCUGGAUGGACUGUGGGCAGGUGUCACUGUUGGCACAUUCUCGUGA